CUUGGGAAUGUCACAGUCCAAAUUGUUAGAGUAACAGCGAGCAAGGCGCCCAAAGCAAUUUAAAUUGAAAAUCAUUACUUUUUAAUUAUCGAAGUACUCGAGAAUCAACAAAGAAAGCCAACUCAUAAAAUAUGUCGCGUUCAUUGGUAUUUUCCCUACUUACCGUCCUUUUCAUCGCUAUUCAACCGCAUGCGGGCCUAACACGCCACCACAGCAGAAUACACGAACUCAACGUCGAUCAGACUUUGAUUGAUUUCUUGUUGAACACGCGCAACUUCCAGCAAAGUGAUCCGAAGCGUUCCAACGAAUGCUUCGGUUACUAUUUGCCAAAACUCACCGAUUGCUAUGAGSAAUAUGAGGAGGAAUAUUCACAAUGCUUGGAAAGUUCCGAAGAUAGACGCAAAAAAAUUGACAAAUCAACAUAUAAGCAGCGAGAGGAAAUCGAGGAUUCGAGUGAGCAUGCCUGCAAAUUGCUCGAAAACUGUGUACCCAACAAGGACUCGAUUGAUUACUUUGAGUGCUUCGAAUUGGCGAGUAAUACAAAUGAGCGUACUAUGUAUAAUGUUAACGUAAAUGCCUCCGAUAUGCUGGGUAAAGUGAGACAAGCUUAUAGCGAAUCUGAUUAUCAAGAGAAUGUUUGCCUGGUCGAUUCAAAGCGUAAAUACGAUGGAAAUAACAAAAUUAUCUAUAACAGUUUACAAAGUUGCCUAAAUGGUAAAUCUGAUGUACCAACAACAACAACAGCGGACCCAAGUCAUACAACAAAGUCAACAACGUAUACAUCUCCGGAUCCAACAACAACUGAAAAAUAUUAAUUUACACUUUCACUUUCCAAAUUAGUAGAAAUUAAUUUAUGUAUUUGYUUAGUAAAAUUUUGACAAAAUACGUGGUCUCAUUCUGCAGUAAUAAAAAUAGUAUCUAAUCGUAGAAU